AUGCCGGAGGCUGGUGACAGCCUCGAAGUCACAGCAUCCAAGCUUCAUGGCAUAGCCGAUGCAAUUCACAAAGGGGGCAAAUUCUUCAUGACGAAUGCAGAAAUCACCAACCCUCCUACUCGUCCAUGUAACUUGAAGGAACCUUCCCAGAUCACAGAGAGAAUGGCGAUAUGCAUGAUGAACCCGGCCGAGCAGGCUGCAUAUUGGCAAUGGAAGCUGAAGAAGGUCAAAUUACCGGUCAUUGAUUGGGUUGAAAACAGUUUAGAUUUCUAUGGGCGUGACUCAAAGAGGACGUUCACCUUGCUUGCCACGGCCAUUGAUCUGAUCUGGGAUAUCCGAGGCACAACCCUACAAAACGCAUGUUGGAUCAGCCAUCACAAGCCCGAGGUGAUGGAUCUAGUGAUGGCUGUGAAAAAACUAUUAAUUGCUCAAAAGAAGGUGAACGCCUUACAAUUACUCUCUACAACGCUGAAUGAGAGCUUGAACGCCGAAAUCCAAACCCUUGAACGUGUGAUGGCAACUUUGUACACGAACCUUGGUCAAGAGCUAGAGCGUGUGAGGGUGACUGUGAACACGAAUUUUCACCAAGAGCGAGAGCGUGUGCUCAAGUCAACCAAGUCUAUCCGCGAGUCGCAGGCGUUACUCACAUGGAGACUCGAUCUGUUGAUGAAGACUCGAUCUGUUGAUGCGAUCUGA